UGUUGUUGUUUCCCUCUGAAUUGGGGUUUUGACUUUCAAUUUUCUCUCGUUUUCUCGCACUUUCUCUCUCUAGACUUUCUCUCCACCUUCUAGAGGGAGAAGUUGUCUUGGCCGCCCUUAGAGAGAGAAGACACCUCUUUCCUUUUCAAAGUCAAAGGACAGCUCCAAGAAUUUUCUCUGAAAUCCCAAGGCUUCAGUUUUCAUACUUUAUAUGAUCACACACGCCUUCAUCAUCGUUUCUAUCUCGCUUUUGAUUCUCUUCUCUUCUCUCUUUCUGAGGUCGUUGGCCUUGUCUCUUGUUUGGUAGGAAAAAAAAAAUAAACGAUAGAAAAAAGAAGCUUUCUGAUGAGUUCGAACGUACCGUCGUCCAGUUCCGGAGCCGCCGGAUCGGCUGAUUCUUCAGCUCCCAGAAGGAAUUCGAAGCGACCCAAGUAUUCAAGGUUUACUCAACAGGAACUUCCAGCCUGCAAGCCAAUUCUCACACCACGAUGGGUGAUUUCAGCAUUCAUGCUAGUUGGCAUUAUAUUCAUUCCCAUUGGAGUUGCUGCCUUGUUUGCUUCUCGAGAUGUAGUUGAAAUUGUUGAUCGGUAUGAGACUGACUGCAUACCAGAGGAAUUCAGAAAUGAUAAGGUCAACUACAUACAAAAGCCUGGAAAUAAACCUUGCAACAGAACGAUUACAGUACCAAAGAAAAUGAAACAGCCUAUCUAUGUAUAUUAUCAGCUCGACAACUUCUACCAGAAUCAUCGCAGGUAUGUGAAGAGCCGAAAUGAUGAGCAGUUGAGAAGUGGCAACAGUGCGAAUGAAACAAGUGAUUGUAAACCUGAAGAUUAUGCAAAUGGGGCAGUAAUUGUGCCUUGCGGUCUCAUAGCUUGGAGUUUAUUCAAUGAUACUUACAACUUCUCUCGCAACAAUGAGCAAUUGUCAUUGAACAAGAAGGGUAUCUCCUGGAAGAGUGAUAGGGAACACAAAUUUGGCAAAGAUGUGUACCCUAAAAAUUUUCAGAAUGGUACUCUCAUAGGUGGUGCAACUCUGAAUGAAUCCAUACCAUUGAGUGAGCAGGAGGACCUUAUUGUUUGGAUGCGAACUGCAGCUCUCCCAACUUUCAGGAAGUUGUAUGGGAAGAUAGAGGUGGAUCUUCAAAUCAAUGAUACCAUACAUGUGUCAUUAGAAAACAAUUACAAUACAUACAGUUUUAACGGCAAGAAAAAGCUUGUGCUUUCUACCACUAGCUGGCUUGGUGGGAAGAAUGACUUUCUUGGCAUUGCUUAUCUCACCGUCGGGGGAAUAUGCAUUUUUUUGGCUAUGGCUUUCACUGUUGUAUAUCUUGUUAAGCCAAGGCGGCUUGGAGAUCCUUCUUACUUGUCAUGGAACAGAAACCCAGGAGGGCACUAAACAAAUUCACUGAACCUGUUUAUAGGGCUUGGCUUGAGUAUUUCCGUCACAUUGGUGAAUGUAAUCUUAUGUGUAUUAAGAUUUUCAAAAAGAGAGUGCAUAUACCUCAGUUUGGUACGGUUUUCAUGCAUUCGACUCUGAAUUCUUUUUUGCAAGAACAAGACCACUGCAAUGUUGAUGUAUAAUUUCAGUAAUAGAAUUCAAUACAAGAACUGGUUAUUAUGAUAAA